AUGGAACCAGCGGCUGCCAUCAAACUUCCUGGCCUCGGCCUCCCGGUUGACUUUCUCCCCGAUGCGGAGCACCGCUUCCCCGUGCUGGUGGGAAACUCCAAGAUAGACUUCAAAGCCAACACGCUCACGAUCCGAGAGCUCUGCAUGAUGCAGUUCAUCGAGGAGAUCACCAACAAGCCGGACUGGUGGGUCAAGGUUCACGACGCAGAAAUCGCCGCCAGGUGGAAGGCCGAAGCUCUUGAGAUGAACUGGGCCGCCUUUCUCAAGCAUGCCGAUUUUUCGCCCGCCAUGGCCGAUGCCUGCAUUCAAGAGCUCAAGCUCAAGGCCGACCUGUUCCAGAAAACGAGCCUCGUGCCCGUCUUUGACUACACGACUGCCGUUAUCAAGUCUGAUGACUUGAUCCCGGAGCCUCUCUGGCAGGCACUCAGCCAAGGAGUCAAGCUCUUGGAAGACGUGCCCGAGGACGAAAAGGACUGGCAUCCAGGGAGCGACGGAAAGGUGCUCGACUUGGUGCACCCUUCGCUGUGGCCCUUGGUCUACGGCAAGUCUCGCAUCCUGCCCGACCGACGAAUCGGCCUGUCUGAUGCGCUCGACAAUUGCGGCAUGGGCGACGUCAUCCCAGAGCCGGCACCGCCCAGUGGCCGCAACCGGCACUGCACUUCGACCAAAUUCCAGUGGCUGCCGUGCGACGUCUCGGUGGAAAAGGGGCGUGCCAAAAUCGAGAGCUACAUAAACAACCUGCACCCCGUCAAGCAUGCUUCCCUGUACCCCGUCAUUGAGAGGUUCAUCGAAAAGGCCCUGCCGGCCUGGGACCUUCUCUACCGCUGGCCAGAAGAGUUUGAAACCCAGCGGCUGACGACGGAUUCUGUGUCGGUGCGAUGCAGAACCAGACGCAACUGCGCAAAGUCCCCUCACACUUGCGAGCCCAAGGCUCGGCCGACCAGGGACGAUGAGCCUCGGCGUAGUGCCUAUGAAGACCCCUACAGCGAUUCUGAGGUGUCGGAGUCGGAGGAGGAAAUUGAUGAUGUGGAUGAUGAAGACGAGGAAGAGGACGACGAAGAAGAGGAGGAGGAGGAUGAUGUUAGUCAGGAUGAGGGAAACAGGAACCAGAGGACCGAAUCCGAGGAAUUGCCCAAUCCAAGUAAACUGUUAGUUCAAAUGGGCCCCCCAAAGCAAGAUGAACCAGAGAGCGAGUACGAAACAGAGCAGUACGACAGUGCCGAGGACAGGGCCAAUGCCGCAGAGCAAUACACCAAAGACGAAGAAGAAGAAGAAGACGAAGACGAAGAGGACGAGGAGCGCGACCCCAACCACGUUUCCGAAAACGAAGUCAAGCGCCGCGACUGGCGCUGGUUCUACAAAACCCACCCCGUCAACGCCCCCGAGCCCAGCACCGAGUCGCCCCUCAAGCUCAGCGCCUCGGACGUCAAGACAACCGACUUCCUGGCCCCAAAGCAGCCGCAGCCGCAGCCGGAGGUCCAGGGCGACCCGCCCAGCCGCCGCCUCCAAGUCAUUGUCAAGCUGGCCAACAUCCACCUCACGCCAGAACGGCCCAGCUACGACGGCGGAUCGUGGCACGUCGAGGGCCAGCUCAACGAGCACAUCUGCGCCACGGCCCUCUUCUACCUCGACAGCGACAACAUCACCCCCAGCCGCCUGGAGCUGCGCACACAGGCCAACCGCGAGGGCCUCGACAAGUUCGGCCGCCUGCGCUACGAGCAGUACGACUGGCGCACCAUCCGGCGCACCUUUGCCAUCGCCCGGCCGGGCGGCGGCGCGACGACCCAGCACGUCGGCAGCGUGCUCACGCGCGGCCGCCGCGCCCUCUUCUUCCCCAACGUGCUGCAGCACCGCGUCGCGCCCUUCCGCCUCGCCGACCCCGCGCGCCGCGGCCACCGCAAGAUCCUGGCCCUGUUCCUCGUCGACCCGGCCGUCCCUGUCGUCUCCACAGCCAGCGUCGCCCCGCAGCAGAAGCACUGGUGGCUCGGCCGCCUGGGCCUCGAUGCAGGAGGCCGCGGGUCCAGGCUGCCGCCGGAGCUGACCGCCAUGAUGCUGCGCAACGUCGAGUUCCCCAUGGGCCGGGAGGCGGCUGCCGCCCUGAGGCGGGAGCUGAUGGAGGAGCGGACGGCGAGCGAGUCUCAGACGGCGGAUAGGAUGGGGCGCGUCGAGUGGAACUUUUGCGAGCAUUAA